GCGCAGUUCAGUCCUCUAGCCAUCAGCGAGCGAAUAUCGCGUUUUUUCAAUUUCGUUUUCCUUUGUAUCUCGCUGAUUCGUGUGAUUUUUCUAGCUCAAAUACAGAGACCGGACUGGCAGCCAUCAGCAAAUAAAUUAAUGAAGAAAAAAAACGUUCUGGAAGCAACGUUGUAUAAUCUGGAAUCCAAGUAGAGCCGUGUGUUUGGUGGAUUUGGAAUAUUUCGCCUGCUUGGGAUUCGAAUUAGUUCAGAGCCAAGAGUUUCUGGGUGUUGUGUGAAGGUGAGAAGUGAAAAAAGUCCCAAAACUUACUCGAGCAGAAUAAACAGCAGGAGGUGGCGAAAGGUUUCUGCAGCACAAAUUGGAUAUUUGCAUACGCAGAAAUAGCCAUCAAGCAGAUAGGCAUUGAAAAUGGAUUGUCCUCACAUAGGAGAUAAUGUGGUUCUACGAAAGGAUGCAGUGAGAACGCUGAAAAUGGCCGUAUGUGCGCCUCCAGUUGCGACAGUGCCCCCAGGAACGGGAGGAACACCAACAACAUCUCCAGUGGGCAUAUCAAAGUUGUGGAAAUGCGAAGAAUGUUCCGGCAAGGAUAACUGGAUGUGCCUGCAGUGUGGAUCGGUGCGAUGUGGACGGUACGAAAGCGCGCAUGCUUUGAAGCACUCUUCUAAACAGAACCAUAACAUUUGCAUCAACACAGUCAAUUUGUCCGUUUACUGCUACAAAUGUGACGAAUUCGUCGUAAACGACACACCCGACAAUACGCUGGAAGAAAUUCGCCAGGAACUGAAAGAUGGCGAUGGGGAUUCCGUGUCGGAGACCUCGUCAACAAUGGAAGAGAUCAGUUCGUCCAAGUCGGGCCAGGAAACCGCCAGCAGUACGUCGUCGUCGAGUGACUCCGGCUGGGAGGAACCGUCCACCGUUUCGUCAGUAUCAUCCUCCACUACCACCACCUCCGUGUCGUCACCGAGCGUGCGCAAGUUACGGCCCCGCAAACGAACUAUCUCAAGCGAUAGCAACAACGAAAAUGGAACUGCCGGCGCAGGUGGUGGAGCCGCCAAGCGGAAGUCGAUGCGACGAGUUGUGGGUCUGCGAAAUUUGGGGAACACAUGCUUUAUGAAUUCAGUAUUACAGUCGCUGAGUAACAUCCAGGAGUUUAGCGGCUACUUUAACACAAUGCCUUCGUUGGAGACGGGCAAACAUAAGCAGAAAGCGUACCAUUCGCGUAGCAUGAAAGAAAACCUAGACGACGUGUUUGUGGUCGAAGAGUUGCGGAAGGUUUUACUGAAUCUCAGUCAAGGUGGAGAUGGGUCGAAAGGGGCCAUUUCGCCGGAAUGUUUAUUCUUGGUCAUUUGGAAGGUUGUACCCCAGUUUCGGGGUCAUCGCCAACAUGAUGCACAUGAAUUCCUGCGCUAUAUGUUGGACCGAUUGCAUACCGAGCUACAGCAGGUAUCAUUCCCAGUGGAAAUUUCCAGCCAAUCGGCGCAGAAAGCAGGGGACAUGAAAAGUAAUCCUUACAAUAUUCCGGCCCUCAGUCAUCUGCAAUCUAAAGGGCGGAACUCAAUCGUGACUAACGUAUUUGGCGGUAUACUGCAGAGUGAGGUACGCUGUCUGAUUUGUGGUAUGGAGAGUAAAAAGCAUGAUCCUUUCUUGGAUCUUUCGUUGGACAUUCCGGAGAAGUUUUACAACAAGGACCCACCUGAGGUGGGCGAAAAGGAGAAAGAUGAAUGUGCACCGGUGUGCAAUAUUUCCGACUGUUUGGCUAGUUUUACAGAAGUGGAAGAACUAACGGAAACAGAGCUCUAUUACUGCAGUUCGUGUAAGUGUAAGCGGAAGUCCACGAAACGAUUUUGGAUUCGCAGGUUGCCGAAUGUUUUAUGUUUACAUAUAAAACGAUUCAGAUGGAAUAAUUAUUAUAGAACCAAAAUUGAUUUGAGGAUAACGUUUCCGAUCAAUGCAUUAGACAUGUCGCAGUUCGUACUGAGUAAUGGUCCGGAAACGAGACGAUCUAAUUCCAGUUGUAACAUUUACGAUCUGGCGGCUGUUAUUGUACAUCAUGGCAACGGUUCCAGCUGCGGUCACUACACCUCGUUCGCGAUCAACAACGGAGUGUGGAUGCACUUCAAUGAUCACUCGGUGAAGGAAGUCAGCAGCAACGUGGUGGCCGAAUGCAAACCGUACAUUCUGUUCUACAUCAAACGAGACCCAACCAACACCAGCCGGCUACUGACAUCGCCCGCGACGGCAUGUGGAACACCCACGGCGACCGCAUCUUGAGAUUAAGUUAUUCUUCUUUUAAGACUGAUUAAUUGUAUAGAGGAAAAGAAGAAGAGCGCAUAGCAGAAGAAAACAUUAUUUAGAUGCAAAUGACAUCUAAUCGUCAUCGAUCUGGCCGGCAGAGAAUGCACCCCCUAUUGCAUGUCAAACAGCAGAAUUUUGGUUCCAACUCGAAUGGUGAAAAUGUUUUUUUUUGGAAAACCAACAAAACAAAUAAUCGCCAAACAAAGCCGGGUACGUGAGAUGAUCAAAAUUAUAGUAAAAAACGCCAACAAAACGCAAAUGUCAAAGCAGAUGUUCAAACUAGUAGUAAAUUACCUUAACUGAUGGAAUGCCCUACCGACUUGUUUCUUGGUUUUGAUCUUUCAUAUACUCGGCCUCGAUCGGACCGUCAGUUUCCUAUUAAGUACCCACGCAUCCAACAAAGUUUUGCAUUGUGAUAGAUUGAAGCAUUUUAGCAACCUUCUUUUAUUUUCGUUUUCUGAAACCCAAACACACUCGCAUCAUAGGGAUACCAUUUCCGUUCAUGGGGAUGGAGAUCGAUUGCCAGCAUAUUGUGUUUCCUUUUUAAGUUCAUCCAGAAGAAAUUAUGAUUGCGAGAGGGAGGCUUUAUGGCAGAUUCCAGAUCAAAUUUUCCUCUUUACAUUAGAUUUGUUUUGCAUCAAUCUAGAGAUUCUCAAAGAGGCCGCUGCGUUUUUGUGAUUUUUUAUAUUUAGCUUUAGAUUAUGUGUACUAUUUUGUCUUUAGUUUAGGUAGUGAUCCCUUCUCCCAGUCCAGUUUACAACUUUCACGAUUGCUGGCUCAAUGCAAAGUUAAUUUCAUGCUGUGAACAAGUUGAGAAUGAAAACUAUGUCCUAGCGAUGUAUUUUAUUCCGAAAUAAAUGCCGCAAAAAUAAUCCAAUCUAGUGAUAGAUCUUAUUUUAGCCAUUUAGCUGCUUUUGGUCAGCUUUGUUCUGUUCCUGCCAAGCACCGAAUUAUUCUACAACAGAAGUCAAACGGAUCGACUGGGUUUCAGAUCGGGAAAUGUAACUCUCGCAAUUUCUUCGCCGGUUCAAUGUGUGGGUUUUACAUCUUCAACUCGCUGGAAUUAAGUCGCCCAACGUUACUUCUUUUGCAGGAAACAAAAAAAACUAAAAGUUCGUUCAUCUUUGGAAAUAAUUCUGGUAAAUCAAAAUAAAAAAAAUAUCAUUACACACCUAAACAUUCGAAGGAAGAAAGAAAUAAACAAGUUAAAACAAAUAAACCUUCUGAUGAAGAAGGUAAGCAACAGAGUACGAAAGUUUAAUUAUAUUAAUAAAAUUAAUAUAUUAAGAAGUGAAAUUUCUCUAGCUAUCCGUAUAAAAAAGAAUGAAUAAAAAUAAACAUUAAAAUGA